AUGACCGUUUUCCAAGAAGCAGUGAAGCGGAUGGAGAUAACAACGGCAUUGCCAUAUGUCCUGGAUUCCUUGCCUCGUUUUUCUGUUGUUUUGGGACAAGAGCUGGUGAAUCACAUGGAAAAGCACUUGCGAUUGCAAAAUGCAUUCAAGGAAAUCAUCUGUGAGCAGAACAGGCUUUUAGAAAAGGAAACACAGUCUGAUGUUUUCAGACGCACUGAGGAGAGUCAGUCAUGUGAUACGAAUGAAUCGGGAUUUCAAGUCUGCGCGGGAAACAAAAUUGGUUUUCCUGAAGAGAUGCAAAAAAGGAAAUCUCUUGACAAACAGGGAGAGAUACUGGCACAAUCAAUAAGAGACUCUUUGAGGGAGAUGCUGCGUUAUUUUAAGAAAAAUCCGAAAUCGGUCGAAGCCAUCCUAGGU